UGGCGCUGGGCCUCUCUAGCCGGCGCGCACCGUCUUCUCUGUGGUAGCGCGAAGACGACCUGGAAGGCCGGCAACCGAGUGAGGCCUUCCUGUAUGCGGUGCUGCCGGUACCCCGCGGAAAACUCCAGCUAAGGGUAAUCAUCACAUGACCUACUAAAGAAAGAUCUCUAGACAAAAUAAAACAGGGAAAGUUUGCAAGAGUCAAGAAUGAUGGAUCCAUGUUCAGUUGGAGUACAGCUUCGUACCACAAAUGAAUGCCAUAAAACAUACUAUACUCGUCACACAGGUUUCAAGACUUUACAAGAAUUAUCAUCAAAUGAUAUGCUUUUACUUCAACUUAGAACUGGAAUGACACUUUCUGGAAACAAUACAAUUUGCUUCCAUCAUGUAAAAAUUUACAUUGACAGAUUUGAAGAUUUGCAGAAGUCAUGUUGUGAUCCAUUUAACAUACACAAAAAGCUAGCCAAAAAAAAUUUGCAUGUAAUUGACUUAGAUGAUGCCACUUUUCUGAGUGCAAAAUUUGGAAGACAGCUUGUACCUGGUUGGAAACUUUGUCCAAAAUGUACACAGAUAAUCAACGGAAGUGUGGAUAUUGAUUCUGAAGACCGCCAGAGAAGAAAACCUGAAUCAGAUGGAAGAACUGCUAAAGCUUUGAGGUCACUACAGUUUACAAACCCAGGAAAGCAAACUGAAUUUGCUCCAGAAACUGGUAAAAGAGAAAAAAGAAGGCUUACCAAAAAUGCAACUGCUGGUUCAGACAGACAAGUGAUACCAGCAAAGAGUAAGGUCUAUGAUAGCCAAGGGCUCUUGAUUUUCAGUGGGAUGGACCUCUGCGACUGCCUGGAUGAAGAUUGCUUAGGAUGUUUCUAUGCUUGUCCUGCCUGUGGUUCUACCAAGUGUGGAGCUGAAUGUCGCUGUGAUCGCAAGUGGCUAUAUGAGCAAAUAGAAAUUGAAGGAGGAGAAAUAAUUCAUAAUAAACAUGCAGGAUAAUUUGCAAUAUCAAACCACUGGAGUCUAAAGUUCCUCUAUUUCUAAAAUUCUGUUACUCUUAAGGUACAUUUUAAGCAUGAUGGUCAAAUAACAAAAAUUUGAAAACUACCAAAGUGUAUGUAUGCUAAUGUUUCAUUUGGGUUUCUUUAAGUUCAUUAUUUGAUGUAAAUUUAUAUGAGUUGUUUCUCAGUAGUCACUUUUAAGCCUGUCUGGGUCAAUGUUAAGAAGGGUGUGGGCAGUCCUCAGUUUGUGUGGUUCCCAUAGGCACAAAUUUCAGUGACCAUAAUUUAGUUAAAUAACAACAGCCUCCUAAUAGCAUGGUUCACAUUCAGUUAGGGUAGCAUAUCAGCUGUUCAUCUUGUGAAGUAUUAGCACCUUUGUCCAGAAAUUAUUAAGUAACAGGUGUGCUUUAUAGUCAGUGACCAAUUAUGUUAUCUUUUUUCAAAUUCUGCUUGUGAUUGGUCCUUGAACGUAUGUAUUUAGUUCAUCUACAGCAAAGCGUAUAGUUACAUUGUCAUCACCCAAUGUGACAUUUUAUAAAAGUGGAUAAUCAAAAAAAUUGGCCAUCUAAGAUUGAAAAUGAAGCAAAGAAGUGAACAAUAAUAAUGCUGAAAGUAAUAAUUUGAACAUAAGUGGAGUUUUAAAAAAAUGUCACUGAUUCUGGGUGUUUAGAUACAGUUGCUGUACAAUGACUAGCUGAGUCUUGCUAAACAAACUUACCAACAUAAGUGAGGAAAGCAGUUGUGAUGGAGAAGUAAUGGCAAAACUUUCACAUUAAAGAAUAUUUAUUGUUAACACAGGAAUAGGUCACAACAUAGAAAGCACAAACAAUAAUAAAUGGUGGAAGCUGAUCCCAACUUAAAAAGUACAUAAGUUGCUGGAGUAUAGGAGAUGCUGACUCAGCAUUAUAAGUUAGAGAAGGCAAGCUGUGUUAAAACUACUCCUGAUUAGUAUUUUACAGUAAAGUAAAACUCUCACUCUCACUGUUUAAACUUUCAUUUUCAUCUACAUUUAUAACUGGCAGUUGAGAGUGUUUAAUACUCCUACAGGUUUUUAAAGGUCAUAGAAUAAUCGUAAUUUUCCUUAUUGAUCAUUGGGAUUGCUUUGCUUGGACAUCUUUAUAGUCCCAUACUACCAUGUAAAUGAGGACUGCCUAUAGCUGGAAACAAUGCCUCCUUCAGAGAAAACUGAUUUUGAUACUACUGACACUAUGAGCUAUUUUGAAAAUAAUCUAUAUAUCUAAGUACUAAAAUAUAUUUAUUUUCUCCCAACUUAAAUAAAAAUAAGUAUUAGUACCAUAAAACUUUCAUUAUUUAUACGGUGUAUUCUUUGUGGGAGAAAAAUAUUCUUUUUAUGUAUAAAACAUGAAUAUACAUAAACAUACAUUAUAUCUAUUAUUGAAAUUGUAUAAGAUGACUGAUGAGGAUUAAGAGAUCAAAAACUAUUUUUAAGACAUUUACCCACCAUUUUGUCUAACGGCUUCUUCCACCUAGAAAAUUGUAAGCUGAGUUUUUGUUUUCUCCAAAUACGAUACCUCAGUUAAUUGAAUGAACUUUGGGCAAUUUGAAAUAUUUUGUAGCUGUUGAAACUAAAUUUCUAUAGCCAGUUUAAAUUGUCCACUGGAGCUCUUUUUGUUUUUUGUUUUUUUUAAUGCUCUCUUAAGUCACUGUUUUUACUUUGAUGCAAUGUCAUUUUGAAGUUAUAAUUUUUCUUUGACCUAAUUAUUAGUACAGUUACUUGUCAAUUCCUUAUCUAUGUUUGAACUGAGCACUGGCAAAAGGAAUAGUUUAACUUUAAAUCAGGUGUUAGAUUGUUAACUUUUUCUGAAUGAAGAAAAUAUUUUGUUAUAGAGGAUACAAACAGAUUCCAAUUAGGAUCAUUAGAACUUAGUUUUUUGUUUUGUUUUUUGGAGGGAUUUCUAAGUAUAAGUUAGAUUGUACAUUGCUUAGACUCUUCAGAGAGAGAUAAUCUUACACUUUCUCUUUGCUUCAAACAGGAUAUAGGGCUGGGAUUGUUGCUCAGAGGUAGAGCGCUCACCUAGCAUGCGUGAGACACUGAGUUCUGUCCUCAGCACCACGAAAAAUAUAAAGAUAUUAUGUCCACCUAUAACUAAAAAAAAUGUUUAAAAAAAUUAUAAGGACUGGGGCUGUCGCUCAGUGGUAGAACACCUGCCUCACACAUAUCCUUAGCACCACUUAAAAAUAAAGAUAUUGGGAAAAAAAUUAUAAAAAAACAGAAUAUAUCUCUGGAAUAAAUAACUUAAGUUUUAAAUGGCUGUAUUUCAGCAUUCAUUCAAAUAGGUCUGUUACUUUUCAAAGACAGUAAUGAUUAAAAGGCAAGUUACUUGGAACAAUUUUGCUAGUAUUCUGCAUUCCUACUUAGGGGCCCAGAUUAGAGUUGUAUUUUUUUUUUUUUUUUUUAAUAACAUCACAGGUUCACUUACUAUUUUUAAUCCAGAUUACAAAUAUAGAAUAUAAUGAAAUCAUCUAGAUCCCUUUUAUACUAUAAAAUGUUAAGCAUUAAAUUAGUAUAUAUUCAUCUAAAAAGCAAAUAAAAGUUAUAUAAACUCUUAUGCUUUAUAAAGAUUCUGUAGAGAAUUUAAUGUAAAGCCACUCAAACAUUGGUCUUAUAAAAUGCUGGUCACAAAUAUUAAAGGAAAAGUGCUUGUAUAUAUUUGAAUAAAAUGAAUGUCAUCCCUUGUGACCUUA